CCUGUCGCGGUGGCGUACAUACGUUUACGAGACGCGUACACUAAACCGCACUUCCGAUCGCAAAGUUUCAAACACGCGCCCGCGCUCAAGCUCACGCUCAAACUCACGAAUCUAAUUUUUAUAAACGAAAACGAACGAGGGGGUAAAACAAACAAAAUAUAAUAAAAUCAAAUCAAAAAACAAACCUACGAAAUUGAUCAAUCAGUUUUGUUCUGCUCAGUUUUCUGUUCGGUUCAGUUUUGUUUUGUUUUGUUUUUCCCACCGUAUAUCGAACGAAUUAUAGUUUUAUUAAUUUCGACGAUUUUAUUAAUUAAUCUUCGUAAUUAACUCUGUCCUAAUUGCAAGUAACGUUGGUGAAUAAUUAAUAUUUGAAAAUAUAUAUAUAUAUAUUUUUUGUUUUUAAUUUUUUAUUGGUUUCAUUUACAUCAAGGGAGAAAUAUGUGUGUCACGUGUUUUUAUGUGUACUUUUAAAUCCACCUGUUAUUCUAAUCUCUGAAGCCCAACACCACUUCUUCUUCUUCUUCUUGCACUUCUUGUUUUUCUUCUUCUUCUUCUUCUUCUUUCCUCCUCCUUCUCGUCUUCUUCUUUUUCUUUUUCUUCUUCUUCUUAUUUGGAUGAGGAUGAAGAUGAGGUUCUUUGAAUGGGAUUAAAACGACGAACACAUACGUUGACGUUACUGUUACUGUUACUGUUGCUGAUGCUGAUGUGUUGAUGCUGGUUGCACUGGCCCUUUUGAAACGUGCCCGUGCGCGGGAAAAUCGUUACGGACCUCCGUUCUCAACCGUCUUCCGCAUUCUCUUUCCUUUCGAACGAUCGUGAAACGAACAGGAAGAAUUAAGGAGAGAGAGCAAGAGAGAGAGAGAGAGAAAGAGGGAGGGAGGAUAAAAGGGGGAGAGAUCGCAGAGAGCGAUUUUCUUAAGAAUGGCCUGAGCCAAAGGGAAAAGUAACUUCUUCAUGGAUCGUUCACGAAAAUUGAGAAAUGUCGCGUCAUCAUCGUGGACCUCCAUCGAAGUCGCGAGAGAAACCACAGGACGAUUUGCUAUGCGAUUCAGGAUGACAGUCCUUGAUUUUCGAUCUAUCCUGAUUUUCAUCGCACUCAUGCACAUCAAUGUAUCAUCCUCACAUAUACCAAAAAAGUAUCCGAUCGAAGUGUAUCAUAUGCUACAAGAGAGAACACAGUUUGGAAUUGGUCGUGAAAAUCGUGUUAGUGGUAGUUGGGGUACCUGGAGCAGUUGGAGCGAAUGUUCAAGAACAUGUGGCACUGGUAUUCAAUCACAAUCACGAGAAUGUGUUUCUACUCGAAAAGAAUUAAGAAAACGAAGCCUACUCACUGAAAAUGAUACGAAACAAAACCUAAGGCCCUUAUGCAUCGGUACAUACAAGAGAUAUCACACGUGUAAUACACAGGAAUGUCCAAAUUUUGGUACGGAUUUUCGAACGGAACAGUGCGCCAAAUAUAAUGGAAAAAAUCACAUGGGACACGUUUACAAUUGGAUACCAUUUUUAGAUGCAGCAAACUCGUGUGCACUGAAUUGUCGUGCAGUUGGUGAACCUUUUUAUGCAACGCUUGAACCGUCAGUAAUCGAUGGCACACCCUGCGACGGUCCAAAUCUUCGUGGACAUAAUACAGGAAUUUCUAUGGAACGUACGGAACGUUGGCUCUGUGUAGCUGGACAAUGCAAGCCUGUAGGUUGCGACGGUGUGAUAGGUUCAGGUGCAACGAUGGAUGCAUGUGGUAUUUGUGGAGGACGAGGACAAGGUUGCAGAUCAUUCGAAGGUAUCUUUAUGGAACCGAUCCUACCAAAGGGCCAUUAUUCAAUAACGACUAUUCCAAAGGGUGCCAUGUCUCUCAACAUUUCUGAAUUACGUUACAGUUCGAAUUAUUUAGCAUUAAGGGACAGCAAUGGGAGUUACAUUUUAAAUGGGCCUUGGUCUUAUAGUCCCAGUGGCACUUAUAAAGCGGCUGGUACAACAUUAACAUACCAAAGGGGAGAUAGUAACCGUUUGGAGUGCAUCUUGGCAACUGGACCAUUGAAUGAUUCACUACGUUUAGAAAUCUUAUUUCAACAAGUAAAUCCAGGUAUUCUUUACAAAUACAUGUUGCCAAUUAAAGGAGCACUUAACGAAGGAGAAAAAGUUGGUGGUAAAGGUGGUGGUGGUGGUGGUGGAGGUGGUGGUGUUGUAGGAGAAAGAAUUUUAAUACCACCAAUUUCUGAACCAAUAUCGAGCAAUGAUCAAAGAGGGAAUGAAAUUCCCGACGGUGGUUCUCAUCGAAUCAUAAAUAAUCCUUUGACGAGAACUUCCACCAUUAGAAGAACAGAUUUUCUUCCACAAUCAUCUCAAGUUGGUAUUAAUUACGAGCAUACAAGACACUCAUCGCAAACGAAAGAAAUGAAACGUCCACCAACCACGGUGAUGGCUGGUGAUCAACCUAAUUCAAAAAUGAAGAAAAAAAAACGAAAGAAAUUUGUAUGGAAAGUAAUUGGUUACACGCCAUGUUCCAAAGAAUGCGGUGGAGGCAUUCAAAAGUCAAAUUGGAAAUGUUUUCGUGAGGGUACAGAAGAAGAAAUAGCAGUAAACAAUAAACGUUGUCGUUAUAUUGAAAAACCUCCAAAUACUCCUUCAGUAAUACGAUGCAAUGAACAUCCUUGUCCUGCCAGAUGGAGAGCAGGAAUCUGGAGUGAAUGUUCAGUAACCUGUGGUCUUGGUAAACGAACGAGAAAACUUGAAUGUGUUCAAGAAUUAAAUUCAAAAAUGACAAUGCACGUUGCAUCAGGUGCUUGCACUAAUCCACCUGAUUUGAAAACAGAAGAAUUGUGUUCGAGACCAGCAUGUCCAAUUAUGAAUACACCUGAACUGAGACAUAUGCAACCAUUGUCAGUAUUGGUGUCACCAUCAACAGACAAAACUUAUUCACAGUCAAAUCCGAGAUGGAAUGUUGGUAGUUGGGGUCCAUGUUCAACUACUUGUGGAAAAGGAAUAAGAAUACGUACGGUCACCUGUAUAACUUCUGGUGAAUAUUGUUCAUUGUCAGACAAACCUUUACCUGUAGAAGAAUGUUACAAUGCACCGUGUUUGAUUAAUAAUAAUGUAAUCGAAAAUAAUUCCGAAAGUAAUUCCGAAAGUAAUUCCGAAAGACGAGCACCUUGGUUGUAUUCUAAUUGGUCGCCUACGUGUUCAACAGAAUGUGGUAUAGGAAUUGAAAAGAGACGAGUUGCAUGUUCAGAAGGAAGUGAAUUAUUUUGCGAUCCCAAAGAGAAACCGGAAACAGAAAGGCAAUGUUUCGGAAAUGCAACCAAUUGUGAAAACGCUAAAUGGUUCACCGGGCCAUGGACUUCCUGUUCCGUAUCUUGUGGAGUUGGUGUACAGUAUCGAGACGUGUUAUGCAUCAUGAAAAGAACGAGAAAAAAUGAUGGAGAGUAUACACUGGUAGAAAUGAAAAAUUGUAAUAGCACGAAGCCAAGAAGCGAACAGGUUUGCGAGGUAACGCCUUGUUCGGCUGAAUGGUAUACCUCCGAUUGGUCCAAGUGUUCAGCUACAUGCGGUAGUGGUUUUCAAACAAGAUUAGUUCGUUGCAUUUUAGAAGGUGUUAGUAGUACAGAUUGCAAACAAUUUCCUAGACCAAUGAAAAUACAACAAUGCAACGUUGAACCAUGUAAAAAUAAUAUAACGUUAUUAACUAAACCACCAAAAAAAGUUUUAGAAUCAACGGAAUGCGUGGAACAAAAUCCAGAAUGUGAUUUGGCUGUAAAAAGUGGAUUAUGUCACAGAAAAUAUUACAAAUACUCUUGUUGCCGAUGUCGAGACUAAUAUCGUAUUAUUUAACGAAAAUAAAAAGAAGAAAGAAAAGAAAAAUAGAAAAUCAAUCGUCGUAUCAGAUAAAAUAAUUCAUAUAGUUUAAUUCGAAAAGGUUCGUAGUCCUUUUUUAAAUUAUAAUCAUUCUAUGUUUAAGGGCCAAUUCGUAUCUCCGAAAUUCAUAAUUAUUGGAUCAUGUAAAAAGUUUCAUUUGUAUUUCAAUGAAACA